GAAUGACUUUUUCUAACGAUUGUCUACGUAUAUUUGGUACCAAAGAUCUCUUCAUUAUUUUAAAUUUGGAAAGGACUACUACAAAUUUAACUUCAGCCAAAAUCAAGAAAGCUUAUUAUCAACAAUCAAUUCUUUGGCAUCCUGAUCGUUUUGCUGCUUCAGAUAUUUAUAGUGAUGAGGAAAGAGAAGUGGCUACAAAAAAAUUUCAAAUACUUAGCAAGGCGUAUAAUAUUUUGAGUGACUCUGAGAAGCGUUCGGUUUAUAUGGAAACAGGAAAAUUUGACUUUGAUGACGAUGACGAAGAAAAUUCCAAAGAUUGGUUUUCUGUUUGGCGUGGAAUGUUUAAAAAAGUUACAAAGGAAGAUAUAGAAGAAUAUUUAAAGAAAUUUAGAGGAUCUCAACAAGAAAUGAAUGAUGUUAAAAAUGCUUAUGUUAAAUAUAAAGGGGAUAUGGACAAAAUAUUGGAAACGGUUAUUGGAGCUGAUGUUCAGAAUGAAGACAGAAUUCGCGAAAUUAUUCGUCAUUUUAUCGAACUUGGAGAAUUACCUUCACUUCCAAAAUACAAAAAUGAAAAACCAAUUUCACGUGUUAGACGAAUGAAAAGAGCUGCAUAUGAAGCUAACAAGGGAACAUUUCGAACUUUCGAAAUGUUCCCUUGUAAACGAGCAGAAAAAGUUGUUGAAGAAAUGCGUGCUUUGGGAGGUGCUGGAGGGAGUAAGGAUGAUGAAGAAGAAAAUGGAGAAGGAAAAGGAGAUUUGGGAUCUUUAAUUUUGGCUAAUCAAAAGAAAAGAGAGAAACAACAGGAUGAUUUUCUUGCUCAUCUUGAAGAAAAAUAUGGUGGAAAUCCAAAACCAAAGAAAUCACGAAAAAAUUGA